CCAGUUGAGUUUAUAGCUAAUUCCAUCUUUUCUGCCGUCCCAUCUCCGUCAUUGUCUUCCACAGCAAAGCACGAAAACCCUAAUCAGGAUUAUAAAAAAAAAGACCAAAAUCUACCUGCGAAAUCCAAUUACUCUAUCUUCCUCUCCCUUGAUAUAACAACCUUUGAAUGAUAAGUUGGCUUGGAUUCCACAAUGGGAGCGAGCCGUAAGCUUCAGGGAGAGAUCGAUCGGGUUCUCAAGAAGGUCCAAGAAGGCGUUGAUGUUUUCGACGGUAUCUGGAACAAGGUUUAUGAUACGGACAAUGCGAAUCAGAAAGAGAAGUUCGAGGCGGACUUGAAGAAGGAGAUCAAGAAGCUUCAGAGGUACAGGGACCAAAUCAAGACCUGGAUUCAGUCCAGCGAGAUCAAGGAUAAGAAGGUUAGUGCCUCUUAUGAGCAGGCUCUGGUGGAUGCUCGUAAACUUAUUGAGCGUGAAAUGGAAAGAUUUAAGAUCUGUGAAAAGGAGACUAAGACAAAAGCAUUCUCUAAAGAAGGACUGGGCCAGCAACCUAAAACUGACCCAAAGGAGAAGGCUAAAUCAGAGACAAGGGAUUGGUUGAACAAUGUGGUUGGGGAGUUGGAGUCUCAGAUCGAUAACUUUGAAGCUGAGAUUGAGGGGCUAUCUGUUAAGAAGGGCAAGACUAGACCACCAAGACUGACACAUUUAGAGACCUCUAUCACCCGGCACAAGGCUCAUAUAAUGAAGUUGGAACUGAUCUUGAGGCUGCUGGAUAAUGAUGAACUGAGUCCCGAGCAGGUUAAUGAUGUUAGAGACUUUUUGGAAGACUAUGUGGACCGCAAUCAGGAGGAUUUUGAUGAAUUUAGUGAUGUUGAUGACCUUUACAACACACUACCAUUAGACAAGGUGGAGUCUCUUGAAGAUUUGGUUGUGAUUGGUCCUCCCAGUCUUGUGAAGCAGGGGGCACCUGUUCUUAGCUUGAAGACGUCUUUGGUGGCAUCAGCAUCUCAAAUUCCUGCCACCGUUGCUUCUAAUCAACAGCAGGGCACUGUUCAGGAACAAGUUGAAGAUACAGUUUCCCAGGAUGGUAAUUCUGAUACUGUUCCCAGAACUCCACCUCCCAAAAAUAGUGUAAUUGGUUUGUCUGCUGCCUCAACACCAGUCGGGAGUCUUGCAACCUCGAAUGUUUCUGCUCACAAUUUGUCUGGGGUCUCUGGUGCUUCAACUAGCCUUCCAGGUUCAGGUUCUGUGCGAGCCGUCCCAGAGAACAUUGGUCCUGUUCAUUUUUCCUCUCCUUUGAGCCUGUCUAAUUCUGCAAAGGAAGAAGAUAGUCUUCCUGGCCGUAGAUCAUCUCCAUCACUUUCUGAUACUGGACUCGUAAGGGGAAUUGGUAGAGGUGGCCUCUCCAGCCAACCAUCAGCUAGCAUCUCUCUUAGUUCUAGCAAUGUAGUUCCUAGCAAUGGAACUAUUGGUGCAGUCCCUUCAACCUCUGAAAUGGCAAAGAGAAACGUUUUAGGAGCUGAUGACAGACUUGGUAGUGGUAUGGUCCAGCCUCUGGUUUCCCCUCUAAGUAACAGAAUGAUUUUACCUCAGGUUGCCAAAGCAAAUGAUGGAACUGCUGCAAUAGAUUCUAGUAAUGUUAUUGAGCCUACGACUCUGGCUGGCAGAGUUUUUUCACCUCCUAUUGUCCCCAGUAUGCAGUGGAGGCCUGGAAGUGCCUUUCAGAAUCAGAAUGAAGCGGGACAAUUUCGUGGGAGAACUGAGAUUGCUCCUGAUCAGAGGGAGAAAUUUUUGCAACGGCUCCAACAAGUGCAGCAACAAGGUCAUAGUACCCUUCUUAGUAUGCCGCCCCUUUCUGGAACAAGUCAUAAGCAGUUUUCUGCACAACAGCAAAACCCCCUCUUGCAGCAGCUUAAUUCUCAAAGCACAUCUGUCUCUUCUCAAGCUGGUCUGGGACUUGGAGUCCAGGCACCGGGUCUCAAUAAUGUUACAUCUGCUGCCUUACAGCAGCAGCCAAAUUCCAUCCUUCAACAGUCUAAUCAACAACCAUUGAUGUCAGGCGGUCCAAAAGAUGCUGAUGUCGGUCAUGCAAAAGUUGAGGAGCAGCAGCAGCAACAGAAUUUACCUGAUGAUUCAACUAUUGACACUACCACUGGUUCUGGGCUUGGAAAGAAUCUCAUGAAUGAGGAUGAUUUGAAAGCCUCUUAUGCGUUAGAUACUCCUCCAGGUUCAUCUGAUUCUUUGACUGAGCCUAUUCUAAUCCCUAGAGAUAUUGAUCUCUCUCCUGGGCAACCUUUACAAUCAAAUCAACCUUCUGGGAGCCUUGGUGUUAUUGGCCGAAGAAGUGUUUCUGACCUUGGUGCCAUUGGUGAUAACCUCAGCGGAUCAACUCUGAAUUCUGGGGGAAUGCAUGAUCAGUCAUACAAUUUGAAGAUGCUUGAGGCUGCAUAUUUUAAACUCCCUCAACCCAAGGAUUCUGAACGUGCAAGAAGUUAUACUCCGAGGCAUCCAGCAAUUACUCCUCCUAGCUAUCCUCAAGUACAGGCGCCUAUUGUUAAUAAUCCUGCCUUCUGGGAAAGACUCGGUCUGGAGGUUAAUGGCACCGAUACCCUGUUCUUUGCAUUUUACUAUCAGCAGAACACUUACCAACAAUAUUUGGCUGCAAAAGAGUUGAAGAAGCAAUCAUGGAGAUACCACAGAAAAUACAACACAUGGUUUCAAAGGCACGAGGAGCCAAAAGUUGCCACAGAUGAAUUUGAACAGGGGACGUAUGUAUACUUCGAUUUUCAUAUUGCCAAUGAUGACCUGCAGCAUGGAUGGUGUCAGAGGAUCAAGACAGAAUUCACUUUUGAGUACAACUAUCUUGAAGAUGAACUUGUUGCAUAGAGGAUUUGAAGAAUGUAAAAAAUGCCAUUAUGACUUCCAGGUAUGAUCGAAAGCGGGUUGGGAACUGUCGAGUGCAAAGUUUUCAUAAAUCAUGCUCUGGUUCUUGAUGGGGUACAGGUACUAGGUUCCAUGUUCUACGUAUUCAGGUUCAGCCUGAUAAUUAAGGGGAGAUUUUUAAUAACUAAACAUGUUCAUGAAUUGCUUUUUGUUUCAAUAUUUGGAUAUUUCAAUGAACUCAAAUACAUCAGAGUAGAACUUUUUUAGUA